AUGUCGCAAGGAACUCCUCGGAAGUUUGCGGAGAAAAUCGCUAUCAUGGAAAAGAAGCAGAAUGAAGACCAAGAAGUGUUUACCUCCGUGAUGCGAGACGUGCGUGCAAUUACCAGUAAUUGCACCGCUGCCCCUCCUGUCUGCUCUAGUCCUCAAGCUCUUGCUCCUCCAAUGCAUUGGAACCGUCCCGGUGGUUCUCUCCCAAAUGUCCAUGAAAUGGUGCAGCAGCAACCGGACAUCCGAAACUGGCCAUACUGGUCUGGCCCUGCUCAGAUCAAUCCGCCGCACCAUGCACGAGGUCGCUCCCCAGGCGCGCCCCAUUAUCAUCCCUACAAUAAGUCCUCCAAAAAGUAUGAACGGUAUUCCCCAGUGGGCCAAAUAGACGAUCAGCAAUUCCAUUAUUCACCGAACAAUCAUCUCCUGCCACCGGAUGCCCUGUGGCCUAAAACUCGCAGCGAUCCAACUAUAUUCAUGAAUUUAUACCAACAGCAGCAACGACUGCAGAACUUCAAUAUUAAUGAUUUGACUGUACUGCCACCCAGUCACAUAUCGUCACCUGUACAGCCACCGUUACCAUUACCACUAUUUCAAGCAAAUACUGCUACCACUACCAGUUCAUUCAACAAUGGUAUGGAACAGCAGGAAUUGCAUAACAAUAAUAAUGAUGAUGGGGCAGUUGGUUCAUUACCGGAUCUCCCAGGACCAGUCGCCGCAAUUCCUUCAUGUGCCUAUCAGCAUCAGACAAUCACACAACGACAUAGUACCAGUUUAUGUCAUACUUUAGUUACUCCAUUGUCGUUAACUGAAACACAGUCAGCACCUACUAGUCCAGCUCAAAGUAUUGAGCUACCAGCACCAACAUCAUGGCCAUCACAACGUCAUUAUUCAAAUAGUCCAGAGCCACGAGAAAUCCCGAACAUCGUUCUUACAGAUACUGAAGGACAGCUGGAUUGCUUCCAGGAUUUGCAGGAUUUACACUUGGAUGCGAACGAAUUGCAGCAGUUGCUAAAUAGUGGUGAGCAAGUUGAUCCUGUUUGUGAAAAUCAACUUCUUGAAUGA